AUGGCUUCAACAUCGCAAGAUCAACCUCAGAAUGGUGCUGCUGUAGACCCGGCCAAGGCCCCGGCUCCGGCUACCAGAUCUGACCUUCAGCUUCCCGAUCGCACAAAGAGCAACGUCUCUAUCCCGCCGCCGGGCCAGUCUCUCACGGGCAAACAAGAGCAUUACCUCAAGCGAGAGCUGAUUUCCGAGCAAGUCAAGUAUGAAAUUUCCGAGCUUAACUCUCCUACGGCGCUCAAGCGCUUCGGCGCCCCCUUUAAAUCUGAUGUGGGCGAGGUAUCCCCGUUGGACUCGGAGCUCCCUAUCCUGCGCUACAUCUUUGUCCACCACGUUCGCGAUUUUCCUUUCCUUGACAAGGCUAAGGAGAAAGAGUUUUGGCAAGAUAAGCUGCAAGUGUUCUUAGAAUCAUUUGCGACCAAGAACAUUUCGUCCUCUGAAGAUAGACUUGAAGAGACCAAGAGACGCAAAUUGGCCAUAAAAUGUCAGAAGCUCGUCGAGUUGAUGAUGGUGUCGGGCUGCAAGACCUCAUCCGGCUUCGAGGAGAGGAUACGCUUCUCCGAAAUCGAGGUCGUCGACAGCAAUGCCAUUGACACUGGAGUCAUGCACACCAUGCCGGAAGGCAACUAUAUCAACGGCUGGGAUGUCAACGUCGCUGCCGUGCGCAUCACUACGGAGAGAAAGACUAUUAGGACCCAUAAGCAUGCUGAAUUUAUCAUGCGCAUUCAUCGCAAGGGCGAACUCGAGUUCUUCAUUGGUAGACGGUAUGGCGACUUUGUAAAACUGCAUAGGAGACUGCGUUUGGAAUUGCCCGGGAAGGUUCUCCCUACAUUGCCGAAGAAGAACAAAGCAGACACGACAACAUCUGGCUUGUUCUCGUCCCUCACCGGCGGCGGAUCUCCAAACUCAUCGGCAUCGUCAAUUUCUUCUGUUUCAACUCAAAUGACUGGUCUAGCAGUUGGCCAACCUAAUGAACCCUCAAAGCUCUCAGUGAGAGAUUCUUUUUUAACAAACCCAGGGCACAAACGUGCAGGCUCUACAACCUCCGGCCGUAACUCACCCCGCGUGUCCACCGACAGCAGACCGAAAAGCCCGCUUCCUUUCCUCAAGAAGAACGAGCAGGUCACAUUAUGGCGGGAGAGUCAGCGAGUUUCACUCAGGGCUUUCUUGCGCUCUGUCCUUUCGAAUCCCCAGAUUGCGCAGACCAAGGCCAUGGAGGAGUUUCUUACCAAGGACCCGAUUACCCCGACCGAUGCCGACAUUGACGAUAUCGAACGGAGAAAGGCGGUGGAUGAACUGCGCAUGGAGGAGCAGAAGAAGUUUUACGAAAUUGCACGCAAGCGUGCCGCGGAGCUCGACAUUUACAUGGAAGAGUUUCGUCAAGAGAUUGUAGAGCGCAACGGUCUCACUUCGCUUUUCAAGGAAAUCAAGGACAAGGAAACUAUCCAGGACCUCAGCAUCCAGUAUCGAAAGUUUGCUGAAUGGCUGCGGAUAGAGGUUGCAGCGACUAUCUAUCACUUGUUCCUUGCCGAAGAUAACUCGCCCGAGCUAUUCGCCCAAGCCAAGAGGAUCCACUCCCUCAUCCCGUAUACUGUCAUGAAGAACGUUAUCAGGAUUGCCAACCCUGCGGCGGUCAUGUCCGGAGUUUUGGAUAUCUUCCUUGCACAACCUUUCGGCACCCGUUCGCUCUUGCAGCGCAUCUUCUCGCUGACCCUCAACGACGGCAUCAGGAGCUUCCAAAAGUCCAUUGACACGCUUGCUGAUAAGAUCGGUGACAAUGUCCUGACAAAGAAGUUGAAGCUGUACACAGAGGCAGAAGAGCAUAUCAAGACUGCAAUUCGGGAAGAGGCUGCUGCUGAAGACAUCGACCUGAUCGUUGUCAUUUUGCGCUCAGAGUACCUCGAGCCUGCCCUUACCUCCGAACAAAUUGGCCGGCUGUAUAAUGCCUAUGUGGCCUUCAACAAUGCGGUGGAGAACGUGGAUGAAGAGUUGAAGCAGGGCGCCCAGCUUUUCUCGUACCUCAAGCAGUUCCUGAAGCUGUGCACAAGACAGCACGAUAAGGCCAUGAUGUUGCAGCUAGUGGAGGAACCAGUCACGCUCCAGCUCUUCAGGGAUCUCUUCACCAUCUUCUACGAGCCACUUGUCCGGGUUUACAAGUCGGCGAACGUUUACAACAGUGUGACCGACUUUGCUGUAUUUAUUGAUGAUAUGAUUCAGGUCGUUGAGAAAUGCCAAGAGCAGGACGCUUCGGCAGAUCCUAAUCAGACAGUGCAAGCGUUCAUCGAUCUCUGUCAGAGGCACGAGCACAACUUUUACAAGUUUGUCCACGAGGUUCACACGCACGAUAACGGACUUUUCGAUCAGUUGAUGGGCUGGAUAGAAGAUAUCCUAGAGUUCCUCCGAAAGGGACCCAAGAACGGCACCUUGAACAUCAACGCAUUGUUUGAGGGAGGCGUCAGCUCUGGUGUGGUCGACAAGGCUAAGGUUAUCAACGAGGUCAACCAACUCAUUGCCUGGCAAGAAGCAAGGAAGAAGUGGCACCAUGACAAGACCCGUCAAAAGAUGGCUGCCGAAGGCAACGGUGGCCCAGACCUUGUCCCUACCGGUUUUUCAUCAUCAGAUUUUGGUCUCGAUCAGCAAGACCUCCAGGAUAUGGCGUACGAGGACGAUGCAGAGGACGAGGAAGACGCAGAGAAGGAAGACGAGCUCGACCCAAUCGAAGCCGAGCGCCGACGUCGCGCCAAGAGACGCGACAGGCUUCGCCGGAGCGCUGGCGAACCGGUUAAGCCGCCAGUUUCUGAGAUUCACAAACUCAAGGAGAACUUCCUCGUCAUGUUGCGAGAGGUUCUCGCCGAGUAA